UCGGACAUGGUGGCUGAAGGAGGGUGACGUGGUCAGAUAAGGGGCCGGGGGCAAGGGGAAGAGGCCGAGAGAGCGGCGGCGCCGGCAGAGCUGGGCGGUGCGCGCAGCGCCGGCGGAGGAGGAGCCCGGAGCCCGAGGCAGGUCCAGCCAUGGAGCUGCGCUCGGAGCUGCCCAGCGUGCCCGGCGCGGCAACAGCAGCAGCGACAGCGACGGGACCUCCCGUGGCAUCAGUGGCAUCGGUGGCCGCGGCGGCGGCUGCCGCAGCAUCGUUACCAGUGAGCGUGGCCGGGGGCUUGCUGCGGGCGCCGCCCCUGCUGUUGAGGGCAGCCGAGAAGUACCCGCGGACCCCCAAAUGCGCGCGCUGCCGCAACCACGGAGUGGUGUCGGCACUCAAGGGCCACAAGCGCUAUUGCCGCUGGAAGGACUGCCUGUGUGCCAAAUGCACGCUCAUCGCCGAGCGCCAGCGCGUCAUGGCGGCACAGGUGGCGUUGCGCAGGCAGCAGGCGCAGGAGGAGAACGAGGCGCGCGAGUUGCAACUGCUGUACGGCACUGCCGAGGGCCUGGCGCUGGCCGCCGCCAACGGCAUCAUCCCACCGCGGCCCGCUUACGAAGUCUUUGGCUCAGUGUGCGCCACCGACGGCGGGGGGCCCGGAGCUGGAGCGCCCGCGGGGAGUGCAGGGGGCGCAGGGGGCGCAGGUGAGAGCGCGGCCAAGUUGCAGAAGUUUGAUCUGUUUCCCAAGACGCUGCUUCAGGCCGGCCGCCCCGAUAGUCCGCAGCCGCAGCCUGGGAAACCCUUGUCGCCCGACGGCGCGGACUCCGGUCCCGGGACCUCAUCCCCAGAGGUGCGACCCGGCUCGGGUUCAGAGAACGGAGAUGGCGAAUCCUUUUCGGGGUCGCCUCUGGCUCGGGCCUCUAAGGAUGCAGGUGGCAGCUGUCCUGGUAGCGCGGGGCCUGGCGGUGGCGGCGAGGAAGACAGCCCCGGCUCCUCCAGCCCCCUGGGUUCCGAAUCCGGGUCAGAGGCUGACAAAGAAGAGGCGGAGGCCGCACCGACUCCGGGGCUGGGUGGCGGCCCGGGUCCGCGGCAGCGGACGCCGCUGGACAUCUUGACGCGCGUCUUCCCGGGCCACCGGAGAGGCGUCCUGGAGCUGGUGCUGCAGGGCUGCGGCGGCGACGUGGUGCAGGCCAUCGAGCAGGUGCUGAACCACCACCGCGGAGGCCUGGCGGCCGGCCUGGGCCCCGGCGCGCCGCUGGAGAAGGCCACGGUGAGCGCGGCCGUAGCGGUGGACGACGCGUGGCCCGGGCGCGUGGACGCCACAGCCGCCGGGGGUCCCGGGCUGCCGGCUCCGCUGCAGAGCGGGCCCGCUGCGCCCCCGCACCACAGACCCUUGCUGGCCGGGGCCAUGACGCCGGGCGCGCUGGGCUCGCUCAGCAGCCGCUCGGCCUUCUCGCCGCUGCAGCCCAACGCCAGCCACUUCGGCGCCGACGCGGGCGCCUAUCCCUUGGGCGCGCCGCUAGGCCUGAGCCCGCUGCGCCUGGCUUACUCGGCGGCGGCGGCCCACAGCCGCGGCCUGGCCUUCAUGGCGCCCUACUCCACCGCCGGCCUGGUGCCCACGCUCGGCUUCCGCCCGCCCAUGGACUACGCCUUCAGCGACCUCAUGCGCGACCGCUCGGCCGCCGCCGCCGCCGCGGUGCACAAGGAGCCCGGCUAUGGGAGCGGGCUGUAUGGGCCCAUGGUCAAUGGCACCCCAGAGAAGCAGUAGGACGCGGGGCCCC